AUGGGUGAAUUAGAAAGAGAAAAAAGUAUCAUUAUUAUACAAAAAUGGGUCAGAGGUUGGUUAGUUAGGAAACAACAUUUAGAAUUUUUUAAAAAGAUUAAAAUUAGAAAAUUUGUAAUAAAUGAAAUCAUUGGAUUUGAAAAGACAUAUAUAUCAAAGAUAAAUUAUUUAUUGGAAAACUUGAAAAUACCAUUAUUACAAAAUACAAAUAUAUCACAUGAUAAAGUGAAUAACAUAUUUUCAAAUAUUGAAGAAAUUAGAGAAUUACAUAUAACAAUAUAUAAUAAAUUAAUAGAAACAAAACCUUUAAUUAUAACUGAACUUUAUUUAGAAAUGUUACCAAAAUUUACAAUUUAUUAUCCAUAUGUUAAAAAUUAUAAUAAUGCAUAUAAAAUUUAUUCAACAUUAUCAGAAGAGGACGAAGAGUUUGCACAAUUAGCAGAAUCAUUUGGAUAUUUACCAAGUUUUUUAAUUUUACCAGUACAACAAACACCAAGAUAUCUAUUAUUAUUUAGUGAAUUAGCAAAGAAUACAAAUAUACAAAAUAGUGAUUAUAAAAAUAUGCAAAAAUUAAUUGAAACAGUUAGAGAAACUGCAAAAGAAAUUAAUGAUUGUAUAACUUCAAAUGAAAAUGAUGAUGAUGAUAAUAGUACAUUUAGUAAUAGUAGUAGUGGUAGUAGUAAUAAAAGUAAUAAUUCAAAUAGUAUUAAAAGACCAGCAUCAGCAUCAUCAAAAAGAAAACCAAGAAAUAGUAUUGCAAUGCAUAAGAAAGCAAUUGAUGCAGUUUUAUCAGAUGGUGCUGGCAAUAAUAAUAAUGAUUAUUCACAUUUACCUUCAUAUCUUAGACCAACUCAAGCAAGUUCAGCUUGGUCAAGAUCAAAAGUUGAACUUUCACCAUCACCAAAGUGGAGAUUCUCUCAAACUGUUCAAGAUAGACAAUAUAUUUAUGAUAAUCCAUUACCAACUGGUAUUAGUCCGUAUUCGGAAUUAUUCUCUGAGAAUAAACUUCAUACACCAAAGAAACAAUCAACUACCUCUUCACAACAAAACCAACCUUGGAAACCAUCUUUAAAAUCAACUACUUCAAUACAAGAUAAUUGUCAUAAAAUAACUAAAAAUACAACUUUUCGACCAAUUUCACCACCACCUCCAAAACCAAAUUUUUAUACAGUUAAUAAUAGUAAUAAUAACAAUAAUAAUAAUAACAAUAAUAAUAAUAAUAAUAAUACCAAUAAUAAUAAUAAUAAUAAUAGUAUGAGUAGUAGUAUUAGUAGUAUUGGUAGUGUAAAUAGCGGAAUUAGUAAUGGGAGUAAUGGCGGGAGUAGUGGUGGGAGUACACCAUUAAAACCAACAAAUUAUCCAUUACAAACAAUUACAAAUACAGAAAUUCAAUUAUCUCCAUCAUCUUCUUUAAAACCUCCACUUUCACCAUUAAGACAUUCUUCUCCUUUCAGUGAAAAAGUUCUUAUUGAAAAGUUAUCAAUAAAUUCUUCAACAACUGCAACAACUGCAAUAGCAACAACUGCAACGGCAACAACAACAACAACAACAACUUCACAUCAUCAUCAACAUACAAUUGAACAACCACAACUACAACAACAUUUUCAUCAACAAAUAAAAUCAACAGCAACAACAACAACAACAACAACAACAGCUACAACAACAUCAAGUGCAUCAACAACAUCAACAGCGCCAACAAAUUUAAUAACAAGACCAGUAAAAAAAUCUCUUUCCUCAACUAAUUUAUUUAAUAAUCAAAACUACUCACCAAGUGGAAGUAGUAGUAGUCAUAGUAGUAGAACUACUUCACCAAUUAAUACAAAUAUAACUUCACACUCUUCAACUAAUAAUAAUGUUAAUAAUAAUAAUAAUAAUAAUAAUAGUAAUAAUAAUAACAGUAAUAAUGGUGACAAAUCUGAAAAAACAACACCUUUGUCGGUGGUUGUUUCUCAAUAA